CCUCAUAUUUCCCUCUGCAGCUGUGCGAGGCAGAGUGAGCGGAGAGGAGAGAGCACAUCUGAGUCUCGUGGAAACAGCAGGACAAGGUACCACUUGGCCGAGAGAUCGAUGCACUCACGCCAAGCCACACAGGAAGGGUGAGUGGCCCGUAGGACGUCCGUGUACUGCCACACAGUGAGAGAGAGAGAGAGAGAGGGGUGCCAAAGGGACAGAGAGAGUGAAGAGACCGAGAGGGAGGAAGACUACCCAAGGCCAAUUUGAAAGCUUUCAGCUGGUCACUCGGAGCAGCUGCAGCCCAGAAGACCAACCCUAAAAAGAUCAACUCCGGCUGCUGCUCUCAAGGUGCAGAGUCAUAGGGAGACUGGCAACUAGAGAACACAGUACUCACAGAAAAAGGUGUUCCUGGACAGGAGUGUUGAGAUUUAAUCCCAGCAUGCCUCUGGCUCGGCAGCAUCACAGGGCCACUGUGCCCACAGCAGGCUGGGUCCUGGCUCUGGCUCUGUUUCUUGCUCUGCAGGGUGCCGCUCACGCUGCUCCUUCAGGAGACAACAAGCUGGUUCGUACCACCAGAGUGAGGAGGCAGACCUCUGGGAGGGAUCAGCCCCCCUCCGCCUCCCCAGACAACGAGACCCUGCGAGAUCAACCAGUGAUAUUUAACCACGUCUACAACAUCAACGUACCCUCGGAGUCUCUGUGCUCUGUGGACCUGGACACCAACGCACCACCGGCCCCGGGUGAUGGCUCUUAUGCUGAGUUGGGGUCCAGACCUUCUAUGGAGGGUCCAAUGUUUCCCAAUGGUCCAACAGAAUACACGGAGCAGACGAUGGAUGCUGACAGCCAGGUAACAUUCACUCACCGCAUCAACAUCCCAAAGGCUGCAUGUGGUUGUACGGCAACAACCUCAAUCCAGCAACUUGCUAUCAGGGUGGAGAUGCUGGAGAGAGAAGUGUCCCUGCUCAGAGCUCAGUGCGGCUCUGGGUGCUGUGGGGAGAGCUCAGCCAUGGGUCAUUUGGACUUCCUGCCAGGCUGCAGCGGCCAUGGCAGCUUCAGCUUUGACAUGUGCGGCUGCAUCUGUGAGGACGGCUGGGCCGGCAAAAACUGCUCCGAGUCCCGCUGCCCGGACGACUGCUCCAACCAGGGUGUGUGUGUGGAGGGGGAGUGUGUGUGCGACCGUGACUUUGGAGGCGACAACUGCUCAGAGCCGCGGUGCCCUUCAGACUGCUCGGGUCGCGGGCUCUGUAUCGACGGAGAGUGUGUCUGCGAAGAGUCCUUCACCGGCGAAGACUGCAUGGUGGGCAGGUGUCUGAACGACUGCUCGGACCAGGGGCAGUGUGUCAACGGGACGUGCCAGUGCAGGCCGGGGUACGUGGGGGAGGACUGCUCCAUGGUCUACUGCGCCAACAACUGCAGCAAGAAGGGAGUCUGCAAGGAGGGAUUCUGUGUGUGCCAGGAUGGCUUCGCAGGAGAUGACUGCAACUCUGUGGCACCCGCCAUGAACGUGAAGAUCCGAGGCGUGACUGACCGCACCAUCGACGUGGAGUGGGAGGGGUCCGUUGUUCUGACAGAUUUCUUAGUGACCUACACACCCAGCAGCCCGGGAGGUGUGCAACUGGAGAUAAGGAUUCCAGGCAAUACCACGACCUGCACUAUCUCAGGCCUGGAGGCGGGAAUAGAGUUCAACAUCAACGUGUUCGCUGUCAUUAACAACAGUAUCAGCGUCCCUGCCAGCAUCACGGUUUCCACCUAUCUCUCCAAUCCCGAUGGCUUAAUCUUCAAAUCCAUCACAGAGACGUCAGUGGAGGUCCAGUGGUUACCCUUCUACUAUUCCUUCGAUGGAUGGGAGAUCAGCUUCAUCCCCAAGGACAAUGAAGGAGGGAUGACUGCACAGCUGCCCAGCACCAUCACUUUCUUCGUGCAGACUGGUCUGAGGCCAGGGGAGGAGUACACUGUGAACCUGGUGGCGCUCAGAGACCAGGGUCGCAGCCAGCCAUUCACUGCCACUGUCACAACAUUGAUUGAUGGCCCCACUCAGCUGAUUGUGCGGGAUGUGUCAGACACCGUAGCGUUCGUGGAGUGGACACCACCGAAGGCAAAGAUUGAUCAGAUCGUGUUACGAUACGGCCUGGUGGGAGGAGAGGGUCCACGGACCACCUUCCGCCUCCAGCCAACGCUCAGUCAAUACUCCCUGCAGGUUCUGCGUCCUGGCUCGCGUUACGAGGUGUCUGUGAGCGGAGUGCGUCGAGGAAAUGAGAGCGGAUCUAUUUCCACUGAAUUUACUACUGAGAUCGAUGCCCCUAAGAACCUGCGGCUCGUGUCCAAGACCUCCACCUCCCUGGAGCUCGAAUGGGACAACAGCGAGGCUGAGACGGAGGGCUACCAGGUGGUGUACAGCACUUUAGCAGGAGACCAGUAUGAUAAAGUCAUUGUACCACGCAAUGAGGGAGCCACCACUAAGACCACCCUCACAGACCUGCUGCCAGGCACAGAGUACGGCAUUGGUAUUUCUGCCAUGAAAGAUAGUAACCAGAGUACACCAGCUACAAUGAACGCCAGGACAGGUCUGGAUGUGCCCAUGGAUCUCACUGUGACAGCUUCUACAGACAACACCAUCACUCUGGUGUGGGGCUUGGUCCAGGGUCCCAUCGACCAUUACAAGGUCACCUUCACAUCCUCGUCUGGUGCCUCUACUGAGCUGACUGUGCCUAAAGAUGUUACCACCACCACUCUGACCGACCUUGAGCCGGGGACUGAGUACAGCAUCACUGUGGCAGCGAGAAGAGGAAGACAGCAGAGCACUGCAGCCACUAUAGACGCCUUCACUGGAAUCAGGCCCGUAACCCACCUCUACUUGUCAGAGGUGACUUCAGACUCGGUGUUGGUGGCGUGGAGCUCCCCCGCUCCGCCUGCUGACCUCUUCAUCCUGAGCUACAGCUCUGCAGAUGGGACCGACACCUCCAAGGUGACGCUGGAUGGCUCCAAGAUGAGGUCGCUGGUCCAGGGUCUGCUGCCGUCCACUCAGUACACCGUCAGUCUAAUCACAAUACAGGGGGACGUUACCUCUGAGCCCAUUACUGCCUCACUCACUACAGGCAUGGACCCACCAAAAGAGAUGACAAUGUCAGAUGUGACUGAAGACUCUGUGAUUAUCUCUUGGACCAAACCAAUGGCGCCAUUUGAAUAUUAUAAGCUGUCCUACCAAUCAGCCAGAGGUCGAGUGGACAGCGUGGUGAUUGACAGCGAUGUGACCAACUACACCUUGUCCAGCCUGUUCCCUGCGACUGAAUACGAGAUCAGCAUCAGCGCUGUCAGAGGGAGUCAGGAGAGCAAAGUCGUCAGCACCGCCGUCUUCACAGCGAUGGACAUGCCGGCUGAGUUGACAGCUCUCAACAUCACUCCCCAAGGGGCUCUGUUGAGGUGGAAUCCCCCCAUUUCCAGUGUCGACAACUACGUGCUGACCCUCACACACAACCAGGUGACAGCUGACACUUUCCUGGUGGAAGGCAACAAGCAGGAGCACCAGCUGUCCAAUCUGAAGCCGAGCACCACCUAUUCUGUGGCUCUGUACGCCACCAAAGGACCCCUCACCAGCGGCACCGUCAUCACCAACCUUCAAACACCCAUGGACGCGCCCCUGAAUCUGACUGCCAGUGAGGUGAAUCACCGCAGCGCUCUCAUCUCCUGGCAACCACCACUCGCAGAAAUUGACAACUACAUGCUCACUUACAAGGCAACGGACGGCAGCCGCAAAGAGCUGAUACUGGAUUCAGAGGACACAUGGAUUCGUCUGGAGGGUCUGGCAGAGACCACAGAGUUCACAGUGAAGCUCCAGGCUGCUAGAGGACUUGACACCAGCGCUGUAGUGUCCACUACCUUCACUACAGGGAGUCGUCUGUUUGCAACGCCUCAGAAUUGUGCCCAACACCUGCUGAAUGGAGAGACUCUGAGCGGGGUCUACACCAUCUACAUCAACAGAGACCCCAGCCAGGGGGUGCAGGUGUUCUGUGACAUGACCACUGAUGAAGGAGGCUGGAUUGUUUUCCAGCGUCGUCAGAACGGACUCACAGACUUUUCCAGGAAGUGGAGUGACUAUCGGGUUGGCUUCGGAAACCUGGAGGAUGAAUUCUGGCUCGGUCUAGACAACAUCCAGAAGAUUGCUGGUCAGGGCCGCUAUGAGCUGAGAAUUGACAUGAAGGACGGACAGGAGUCAGUCUACGCCAACUAUGACAAAUUCUCCCUUGGAGACGCGAGAAACCUCUACAAGCUCAGAAUAGGAGAGUACAACGGCACCGCUGGUGACUCUCUGAGCUAUCACCAGGGCCGGCCCUUCUCCACAAAAGACAGAGACAACGACAUCGCCGUCACUAACUGUGCCUUGUCUUACAAAGGAGCCUGGUGGUACAAGAACUGCCACCGGGCCAACCUCAACGGCAAAUACGGCGAGUCCAGACACAGUCAGGGCAUUAACUGGUACCACUGGAAAGGCCAUGAGUUCUCUAUUCCUGCCGUGGAGAUGAAGAUGAGGCCGUUCAACUUCCGCAGCAUCAGCAGCAAGAGGAGGCGGUCCGCCCCUGGAUUGUAAACAAAGCCACCCGGCCCAGAGUCACAGAUAAACGCAGGUCGGAGGCUGUUCACUGAUGAGUUUCUGCUAUCUGUGUGUCUCACUGAUGAUCGUUGUAACGCCUUUUAGUGAGGCUGCAAAGAAAAAGAAAGGGUUAUGACAAAAAGAUACUAAUAUUUUAUUAAUCUUCUGUUGUAAAAUAAUAAAAACCCAUUAUUAAUAAUAUAUAACCAACAUGCAGAAACUGUUUCUAACCAUCGAUGAGAACACGACAUAGCAGAUAACGAAACAAUGACCGAGCUCCGUUUAUCUCUCUUUAGCCGUCGCUCCCUGCUGUACUUCUACUCAGAUGAAAGAAGACGCUGUAUGUAAUUUAUUAAAUACUUUGAAUGACAAUGGUUCGAAUUUGCUGUAAAAAAAAAAUGGAAAGGCAAACCAAGAAGCUUUUUUUGUUUCCUUUAAUGCUGUGAUUUGCCUUUCCCUGGGAUAGAAAUGUGCUCAGAAAUGCCCUCAAGACUGCAAGAGCUAACGUUAUUUUAACCGAAAUAAUAACACUUUUAACAAAAAAAACAUAAUGUAUAUGCCCUUAAAACCCUUAACUGUAAGAUAAAUAUAUUUUUAUAACUAAUAUUGUGGCAAAAUCCAUCUAUUUAGUAUGAUUUGAUGCCUUGGUAUUGGAGCCUAUAUUAAGUUAAUGAAUAAUAAAAGAAAUAAGAGAUGAAAUUAACUUUAAAAAACCAAACCUCCAGACUCCUCGUUCACAAAGCCGUGCACCAGCAACAGCUUCAUUACCACCUGUUUUAUUGAUCAUAUUCCUCUGUGUUACUGUUACCACAGUAUCAUUUGUGUUCAUUAUUAAAGCAGAAAGAAACUCUUUAUUAUUUUUGGUAGCCACACUGAGACAGUAUGUGCACUGCGAGUGGGAACACAGCAAAGCUAUUGUUCAUUCAGCUAAAUUAUUUCUUCAGUCGUCCGUGGGCUUUUAAAAUAUUAUUUCCUGGAAUUUAUUUUCAAACAACAAACGCUUAAUAUCUGUGCCCCCCCCCCCCCUUCUGUAUACGCAGUGAUUGCUUGCAGAGAGGUGUAACCAAAGAUCUGCAUAAUAGAGCUUCAACCCGCAGCUUGGAAAGAUGCCAGUCAGUUUUGUCACCAAAGUCACUGAAGCAGCAUUUUCCCGCAUUAAUAGAUUCUCACUUUUCAGGGACUUUUAUGGUAAUCGUGUCCCCUGGCGUUGUGCGUUUAUGCAAUGUGAACACUAAAUUCUAUGCAAAAGAAAGUCAGGGUGGGCAUAGUGCGAGUUUUUCGCCCGGCCUCUCCCCCACUGUACACUGAAAUGAACCCGACAAAGGAGGCAGCACAGAGGGUGGAGAGGAGCCAACUCUUUCUUCUCUGCCGUUCUUAACUAGCUCGCUAUUGAAGCUCCCCGGUGAAACAAGAACAUCAGCAAACAUGACAGAGAAUGUUUCUUUUAGUGGGGGCGGGCGUAAUCUGCAGCAUGCCCACCGAGCAUUUUGUUUUUUAUUCAGCGUUCACACUGUCGCGCACAGCGUUCAGAGCCAGUGAGUUUAGUUGACUGCUGUUUUCUGGAAACAGAACUUGUUUUAGUUUCCCGCCUCCUCUGUUGGAGGGGAAAUGAUCUCUGUGGAGUUUGAAGUCAAAUCAAAGAAAUGGCUAAAUCUCCUCUCUGGCUUCAAACAAAUAAAUAAAUGUUUUUAUUUUACAAUUCAAUCGAUUGAAAACGAAUUCUACCAUCCCUGCAAGCAACAUCUUGUCUCAUAUAUUCAAUAUUUCCAGCUGGAGAUCUCAUUCUUAUGUACUCCUGUCAGUUUCUUUAUUUCUUUUUUCUUUUGAGCAAACCAGGAAAUCUGGCUUGUAUUAUACGACUGUGUACAUUUUCAUUUGUGUUGUUUUUUUUCCUUUAUUAGACUUGAAAACAAUGGUGACUCUCCCCUCUAUAAACUACUAAUAUACUCAUGUAGAUAUGGAGAUGAAGAUAAUGUGACUUUUGAUGUGUUCCCCUUUAGAUGCAAACUAAUUCAGAAACAUUUCCCCUUUAACCGUUAUAUUUUGAACCGUUGUUGUGUUCGAGGGCAGAUGGAGACCAAUGCAUGUUGACUGGAUGCAAUCAAGAGCCUGAUGGUAAAUAACAAAUGUCAUAGCAAUAUGUUUGUGUCUGUAGUUUCUUUGCUGAACUGGGUAAAAGGCGCCCUUGAAAUAGUUUGUAAUGUAAAAUAUGUUGAUAACAUAAUAUGGAUUUAUCAGGCCUCUAAACUGUUGUGAAAAACAGUCAAAUUGCCCUUCAAGGGUCAAAUAAAAACCAGCAUAACCUAACAUAUAAUUUUAACAAACUGUUUCAACAUGUGACCUUUCCCAGUCUGAUUUAUGUCUCUGUGUCAAAGUGACUGUUUCAGAGCCUCUCAUGCACUCCAUCUCUUUCUGUGAUUUAUAGUAGCGUAGGGAAUUCUCCGUGUACUUAUUUCAUUAACUACUUAGAUGAAGUUUGCCUCAGUGCAUUUUUGAACAAAAGGUCACGAAGCUUUGCAGAAAAGGAACUGAAUGUUAUUAGUAUUGUGGGGGAUUUUACUCAUGGCAAAAUAUAAGGUGCUCUUAAAUCUUUCUAAGAGGAAUGCUGAUAUGCUAUAAUAUUGUUUGUUUUCAAAUGUUUCCAAUCAUUCAAUCAAUUGAACCAUGUUUGUCAAUCAAUGAGAAAAAAUAAGUCACGUUGUCUUGCUUAAAACAAGCUUCUGUCCCGUCUUUCAUUUCAAGUUAAUUAUUUAUGAAGCUUUUAGGAAAACAAAACUAUUGAAAUUGAGCAAAUGCAACCCUUGUGUAAUGAAAAAAAAAACAUGCUUGAAAUUCCAUAGACUAAAGAGCUUGAAUAUUUUCUUGAUAUGAUGAUGACAGUCCGUCUAACAUUAAGACCAAAUAAUUUGUUUUACUCAUUUCAAGCCAACUACAGUAUUAUUAUUUUUUAAAUGGAGGGAAAUGGUUUGAAAAUAGAUAACCUUCUCCGUUAUUUAAACAUAAAACUUAGUAUCACACUGUAUUACUAUUUAUUUAUACUGAGCCUCCUACAGAACAGGAAACAUGUUCCCCUUAUUUAUUUAACUUAUUUUCCAAUGUCUCUGUUACUGAUGCAACAUUGUGAAAAACGAUUUAAUCUAAUAAUGACAAAUGAUCCUCGAAGAUAUCAAAAAGAAAAUGUGAUAUUUGGGUUUGAUUUAAAAGGUCAAUUAACUGAUCAAAACACCACGUUUGUUGACGUUUCCAAUAUGAGCCAGAAACUCAAACUGCAUUCAUUUGAAAUCUUGCCAUGAAAUGUAAAUGUUGAAAAUGCGUUGUUGACUGUUGAGAAGCUUAUAUAUGCUGAAACUAAGGAUUUGUUGUUGAAUAACCUUGGAUAUUACUGUCAAAUGUAGCUCUAGUUUGACUUAAACAUGUACUAUAUAGUUCCUUUUUUAAUACAUUUUCUACAUAUUAAUAAAAUAUUCAAAUAGUCUGA